AUGCUCCGCGUCACUCCGCUGUCGCACGCUCGUGCAGUUAUCAAGCGACGCACUCCGCAGCUGUGGGGCGCGCCUGGUGCCCCGAUCAUCCGCAUGCGUGGCCACCACGUUGUGUGGAAAUUUCAGUCGUACGAUAUCGUCGUUGAGCACACCCACAAGCGGCAUGUUUCCGAUGUUCGACUGUUGCACUACCUGGGCAAGCACUGCCCGCACCCGCAGAAGUCUCUCUGGUCACCUGACACGCCCGUUGCGCAGGACAGACAUCUUUUUAUGCUCACAACAGUUGAUGUAGAUGCGUUCAAGUACUGGUUUGGUGUGAAGCGGUGUCGUUUGUCAACACGGCCGUGGACUUUACUAGCGAAGGCCGGUCUCUUGCCACCGUCGCUGCGGGAAAACUCAAAGAUCAUGCCAAAGCCGCUCUUUGACAAGGAACAGCUCAUGCGGUACUAUCUGGCUAACCGAAAGGACGAGGCUCUCAUUGCGAGAGAGGAUUAUUUGAACUAUCAGAAUAGCAUGGUCAAGUCGGAGGAAGAAAGAGCGGCUGAGAGACCAGUGGCGCCAUACCUCUAG